CUGGUAUAGAGUUAAGAUGGCGGCAUGUGCCUGAACAGGCAGGGAUCCAAACUCGAGUUUUUUCAUUAAUAAACCGAUACCUAUGAAUUUAUGUACAUAUUGUAAUUGAAGUAAUAACCAUUACCACACAUUUCACACGGUUCGGUGGAAUUCUGGAUUGACUCCAUGACAUCUAUACACUUCGUGGUUCACCCGUUGCCCGGGACCGAGGAUCAGCUCAAUGACAGGCUCCGUGAAGUCUCAGAGAAGCUCAACAAAUACAGCUACAACAGCCAUCCACACCUUAGUCUGCUGGAACAGGCCCCCCUGAAACAAUGUGUUGUUGGUCCAAACUAUGCUGGAUUUCUUCUUGAGGAUGGCCGUGUGUGUAGAAUCAGCUUUGCCGUCCAGCCUGAUCGCCUGGAGCUCAGCAAACCAGAUGGCAGCGAUGGGUGAGAGACCUCUCUAUCAUGGGAUCUGUCCCGGAAACUGUUUGCCCUUUGGCACAGAAUUAUAAGA